AUGGUUUCUUUCUUUCUUGUUUUAUUUCUUUCUUUUUCUUUCUUCUUUUCUUCUUCUCCUCCUUCUCAAUUUCUUCUUCAUGUUACUGUCUCCCCUUUCUUGUCUCUUUUUCUUACCUUUCUUUUUUUAUCAUUCUUCUUCUUUUUCUUCUUCUUUCUUCUUUUUCUUAUUUUUUGUUCUUUCUUCUUCUUCUUCGUCUUCUCCUUUCUUCUUCUUUUUUCUCCCUUUUCUUUUCUUAUCUUCUUCUUUCUUGUUAUUUUUCUUCCUCUUCGUCUUCUUUUUCUUUCUUCUUCUUUUUUCUUAUUUUUUCUACUUUUCUUCUUCUUCGUCUUCUUUUUCUUCUUUUUUUCUUCUUUUUUCUUUUUCUUCUUCGUCUUCUUUUUUCUUCUUUUCUUCUUCUUUUCUUCUUCUUUCUUCUUCGUCUUCUUCGUCUUCUUUUUUCUCCUUAUUUCUUAUUCGUCUUCUUUUUCUUUUUCUUCUUCUUCUUCUUCUUCUUCUUCUUCUUCUUCUUCUUCUUCUUCUUCUUCCAAACUCUUUUCUAUUCACAUCUAUCUAUCUAUCUAUCUAUCUAUCUAUCACAGUCUGCUGAUAUCUAUCUAUCUAUCUAUCUAUCGAAUCCAUUACAUUCACUUAUCUGUUAAACACUUCUGUCUUAUCUUCUUUCUUUCUUUCUUUCUUUCUUUCUUCCUUCCUUCCUUCCUUUGUUUGUUUGUUUCUUUCUUUCUUUCUUACCGCCCUUCCUUCCUUUGUUUCUGUGUUUCUUUCUUUCCUUCCUUCCUCCCUUUGUUUCUAUGUUUCUUUCUUUCCUUCCUUCCUCCCUUUGUUUCUGUGUUUUUUCGUCCUUUCUUUCUUUCUUUCUUUCUUUCUUUCUUUCUUUCUUUCUUUCUUUCUUUCUUUCUUUCUUCCUUCCUUUGUUUUUGUGUUUCUUUCUUUCCUUCAUUCCUUUCUCCCUUUGUUUCUUUCUUUCUUUCUUUCUUUCUUUCUUUCUUUCUUUCUUUCUUUCUUUCUUCCUUCCUUCCUUUCUUUCUUUCUUUCUUUCUUUCUUUCUUUCUGUGUUUCUGUGUUUCUUUCUUUCUUUCCGUCCUUCCUUCAUCCCUUUCUUUCUUUCUUUCUUUCUUUCUUUCUUUCUUUCUUUCUUUCUUUCUUUGCUUUUGUGUUUCUUUCUUUCUUUCUUUCUUUCUUUCUUUUUCUCACUGA